UGAGACCUGAGAUUGGAAAAUGCCUGGGUGUUUUUCAAGAUUGAUGGAGAGAGUGCGAGGACGUGGGCAGCCUUCUGCGUCGACAGGUUGUUUAAAUUCAUUUGUGGGUUGUUUUUGUUGUCUUUUUCCGUUUUGCAGGGUUCGCGAUCGUCGGGAGGUGGACAGCGACAGCGACUUCGAAGAGGAAUCAAAUGUACUGGAUGAGGUCCAGUUGGAUGUGCCACUGCUGCCAGUCGUCCUUGAUGUCCAGGAUGCUGCUAUCAUCCUUGAGGAUAUGCCAGAUGUACCGACUAUCCUUGAGGAGGCCACUGGUAAUUGGCAGUUGAUACCGAUUAGGUUCAGCCCCCUGUACUGUGGGCCUGUUGUGAUCAGAAACCAUGCCGGUCCGUUGGCUAAGGCUUGGAGAACUUUCCAGUUCAUAAGCCCCAUUAUCACCUAUAUGCGUGGGGGAUCCCAGCAGGUGGUGGUGAGGAGGCACCAUGUGAGUAGGGUUCGAGGCCAGGAGACUCAACUAGUGUGGGCCGUCUCCAGGGAGACAGCCAGACUUAGUUCAGAGGGCAUCCCCUACUGUGCCACCAAGGUUCAGUCCGUCACUUGGAUCCUGUAUGUGGCUGGCAGGGUGACCCAGUAUGCUUCUCACCUCCGCCAUGAGACGUCUGUGGACGUGACCCUUGGCUGCUACCAG